AUGAAUGCCUCUAAGGUUGUGGGUUCUGAGUAUCAGGUCUCUGCUAAUGGGACUAUCUUGGUGUACGGUCGCGUUUGUGUGCCCAAGGAUGAGGGCCUUAGGCAGGAGAUUCUUAGGGAGGCUCAUUCAAGUAAGUUCUCUGUUCAUUCUGUAGCGACCAAGAUGUACCGUGACCUCAAGCGGUACUAUCACUGGAUCAGAACGAAGAAGGAUAAGAAGGAUGGAAGUUUCUGUUUGUGCAUAGACUACAGAGGUUUGAACCGGGUCAUUGUGAAGAACAAGUACCCUCUUCCCAGGAUCGUUGAGUUGUUGGAUCAGUUGAGAGGUGCUACUUGGUUCUCCAAGAUAGAUCUUGCGUCGGGUUAUCAUCAUAUCCCGAUAGAUGAGGCAGGUGUGAAGCAGACUGCAUUCAUGACGAGGUAUGGGCAUUAUGAGUUUGUGGUGAUGCCGUUUGGGUUUACUAACGCACCAGCAGCGUUUAUGAGAUUGAUGAAUAGCGUGUUUCAGGAGUUUCUGGACGUGUAUGUCAUCAUUUUCAUCGACGAUAUCUUGGUUUACUCUAAGAGUCCUGAGGAGCAUGCAGUGCAUUUGAGAGCAGUUCUGAAGAAGCUGCGUGAGCAGAAGUUGUUUGCUAAGCUGAGCAAGUCAUGGGAAGGUGAUUGCGUAUGCUUUGCGAUAGUUGUGGAAGCAGGAGGGCAACUAUUCUACUCAUGA